AUGAGCUUGAAAGAAGUAUUCGAACAACAUCCAUGGAGGUCAUUUAAGAAGUUCAAUGAAGCAGCAAAAAGUUGGGGAUUUACUAACAGAGCUGAAGUUAAAAAGUUCUUUGACAAAAAUGUUGUACAUCAAACAAAAAUAAACCCUUACGACUACUUUUUACCAAUUUACUCCAACACUCCUGACGCAUACCAAUUUGACACUCUCAUUCAAAGCAGAAAAGGAGGACAUAAACCAUUCCUCAUCUUCAUUAAUGUUAACACUCGCAAAGCUUUUGCGUAUAUAAUGAGGAAUAAAGGAACUCGUGAAGUGUUAAGAGUUUUACAAAAGUUUGUAGCAGAACAUAGCCCAAGUACUUUAACAUCAGACCAAGACAGUGCAUACCUCAGCAAUGAAAUCACAGAUUUUCUCAUGAAGCAUAACAUAACUCACUACACUACUGAAGACCAUAACCAUAACAUACUCGGUAUCAUUAACCGCUUCAUAAGAACGCUCAGAGAUUUAAACCAAGAGCGAGACUUUACCGAAGAAACAAUGAAACAUUUUCU